AUGGGAAAAAGCAAGCACGCAACAUUAACCCAACGUAAAAAGAAUCAGGAAAGAAUGGCCAGCACUGAGCUUAUCCUUGCCGAAGAGAUGCAAGUUUACGGUCAAGUUGCACGUUCUCUUGGUGAUAAGCGCUUCGAAUGCAUUUGCAAUGAUCACAAAGUACGUAUUUGCAAAGUCCGUGGAAAAUUCCGUGGCCGUCUUUUCAUUAAUCAGGGUGAUUAUCUUCUUAUUGCCCUUCGUGAAGAAGAAGAUGAUAAGGCAGAUAUCAUUCACAAGUACACCACUGAUGAAGCCCACGAGCUCUUCAAGAUGGGCGAAGUCAACGAGCGCGACUUCACAACACAAACAGAAGAAUCUGCCCAGGGCGGUGAUGAUAAUGGCGUUAUCGUCUGGACAAAGGAAGAUGUCGAUAACAUUUAA